AUGGCAAUGCCUCAUGGGAACGUCCGAGAUCCCAGUUUCCCGAGCGACAUAAACGGUCACCAUGUCAACCGUGAAUCUCCAUCAGACUUGGCUGUCACGCCCCUUAACUAUGAACAUAGAAUCACAGCCCGUGACAAUGAACCAAGAAUCACAGCCCAUGACCAUGAACAUACAAUCACAGCCCGUGAUAAUGAACCAAGAAUCACAACCCGUGACCAUGAACCAAGAAUCACAGCCCGUGAUAAUGAACCAAGAAUCACAGUACGUGACCAUGAACCAAGAAUCACAGUACGUGACCAUGAACCAAGAAUCACAGCCCGUGACCAUGAACCAAGAAUCACAGCCCGUGACCAUGAACAUAGAAUCACAGCCCGCGAUCAUGAACCAAGAAUCACAACCCGUGACAAUGAACCAAGAAUCACAGCCCGUGAUAAUGAACCAAGAAUCACAGCCCGUGACCAUGAACCAAGAAUCACAACCCGUGACCAUGAACCAAGAAUCACAGCCCGUGAUAAUGAACCAGGAAUCACAGCCCGUGACCAUGAACCAAGAAUCACAGCCCGUGACAAUGAACCAAGAAUCACAGCCCGUGACAAUGAACCAAGAAUCACAGCCCGUGAUAAUGAACCAGGAAUCACAGCCCGUGGUAAUGAACCAAGAAUCACAGCCCGCGAUCAUGAACCAAGAAUCACAGCCCGUGACCAUGAACCAAGAAUCACAGCCCGUGACCAUGAACCAAGAAUCACAGCCCGUGACCAUGAACCAAGAAUCACAGCCCGUGACCAUGAACCAAGAAUCACAGCCCGUGACAAUGAACAAAGAAUCACAGCCCGUGACAAUGAACCAAGAAUCACAGCCCGCGAUCAUGAACCAAGAAACUCUUAA